ACAACUCGCAGUACCAGCUCGAUCAUAGUGUCCAUCACCCAGCUCUCUCUCUCUCUCUCUCUCUCUAAAAAACACUACCACACACGCGCUCGCACAUACUCUCUCUCUCUCUCCACAGUUCGACGCAUUGCAUACGCACGUGAAGCGAGCGUCCGCCGAGCUAACGCGAUGGUGGUGCCUUCCACGACGCCGGCGCGACAAGAGACGGUGACCACGCUGCUUCCACCGCCGUGCCCCGGCGGCGGCGCCAUACCGACGGUUGACAUGUCCGCGCCCCACGGCCGCGGCGCGCUGUCGCGGCAGGUGGCGCGUGCGUGCGCGGAGCAGGGCUUCUUCCGUGCCGUCAACCAUGGCGUGCCUCCAGCGGGACCCGCGGCACGGCUGGACGCCGCCACCUCGGCGUUCUUCGCGCUCGCGGCACACGACAAGCAGCGCGCCGGCCCGCCGAGCCCGCUCGGCUACGGCUGCCGCAGCAUCGGCUUCAACGGCGACUUCGGCGAGCUCGAGUACCUCCUCCUCCACGCCAACCCCGCCGCCGUCGCGCACAGAGCCAGCUCCAUCGACACCAACGACCCCUCACGCUUCAGUUCUGUUGUGAAUGAGUAUGUGGAAGCAGUGAAGCAGCUUGCAUGUGACAUCCUGGACCUGUUGGGAGAGGGGCUAGGGCUGGAGGACCCCAGGCUCUUCAGCAAGCUCAUCACAGAAACUGACAGUGACUCCCUCCUGAGGAUCAACCACUACCCUCCAUCAUGCACCGUUCACAAGCUUGACCAUGAUGACCAAUGCAAGCUCAAGGGGGUUGCCAGGACCAAGGCUGGUAACGGUGGGAAUCCGGCGGCGGGUGGCCGGAUCGGGUUCGGUGAGCACUCCGACCCACAGCUACUUAGCUUGCUCCGAGCAAACGACGUUGAUGGCUUGCAGGUGCUUCUGCCGGACAUCAACGGCAAGGAUGUGUGGAUUCAGGUGCCAGCAGACUCUUCGGCCUAUUUCGUCAAUGUUGGUGAUCUCCUUCAGGCUCUGACAAAUGGGAGGUUAGUAAGCGUCCGGCACAGAGUAAUUACAAGUGCCUGCAGGCCAAGGCUGUCCACCAUCUACUUUGCAGCCCCACCACUGCAUGCACGAAUCUCAGCGCUCCCAGAGAUGGUCACAGCCGGCUCACCACCCCGGUACCGGUCAUUCACAUGGGCCGAGUACAAGACAGCAAUGUACUCGCUCCGCCUAAGCCACAGCCGCCUGGACCUCUUCCAUGUUGAUGAUGACGAAAGCGGCAACGGCAGCAAAGGAAAAUAAGAGGGAUGACUGCUUGAGUUGCAGGCAAUCUGUAUGAUGGGGAUUAGUUAGAUAUAAGAAUCGUCCCCAAAAUUUUGGCUCUCUGACAGCUAUUGCCAGAAAUCUCAGUAUUAUGAUGGUGCAGUGUGUGUGUGUCCAUGACCUGGCUAGCUUUGUACAGAAGUGAUGGUUGUAUGAUAGUAAUGUACUAUUGCCUUCAGCGAACUGGUUGUUCCCGUGCAACUUAUAUUUCUGCUCUCUCCCUUAUUGGACUUUCCUUACAGCAAAGUCUUCCACAAAAGUGAGACCUAACUCUAAACUCAAAUUUACAAUUUUCAGAUUUCACAGAAACUAA